AUGAUAAGGGAGACGAUAUGCUGCCCGAUGAGUAGGAGCUUCUCGUCCUCGGGUCGGAUCGUUGCAGGGAACAGCACGAAGCCGGGAGAAUUUCCCUGGAUGGUGGCUGGAAUCGACAAGUAUGAAAUGGAUGGACCUAUGUGUGUUGGAUCCCUAAUCACUCCCGUCCACGUCCUUACUGCAGCUCAUUGUUUAUCAUACUCGAUGGAAGAAGUCCCGAGUUACAUCCGGGUCCGUGUCGGAGAACAUGACUUUGAUACGGUGAUGGAAUCGGAGCAUCGCGAUUUCCGAGUCAAAAGCGUCAAAGUUCAUCCCGGUUUCGCGAACGCCUGGGACGGGAAUGAGCUCUACAUGUACAACGAUCUCGCUGUCGUUGAAAUAGACGUUCCAUGCAUGGAAGAACUCAAGAUCGUCCGCCUCCCCGAUAAAGCAACAGACUUUCGGAAUCGCUCGGCUACCGUCAUAGGUUGGGGAAUCAGAGAUCCUGACAAGCCUUACCAGCCACCCAUUCUCCAGACGGUCACUGCUGGCAUUUAUCCACAUGAGAUGUGCAAGAGUCUUCACCCUGCAAUCAAGUAUACUCAUUUGUGUGCCACAAAUAACCUGAACGGAGAGAAUAUCACGUGCUAU